CCGCUCACUCGAUCCAUUCCCCAGCCCCAGCACCGCCCAGCCCCCACUCGGCCGUUCCCCAAGUCCCCAACCUAACCUAGCGCCUGCGGCCAGCGGCGGCGGCAGCUGCGAGUAGCGGCCAGCGGCAGCGGCAAGCGGAGCCGCUGAACGGGCAACCAGCGGCAGCGGACCAGGUGGAUUUGUAGAGUGCAGUCAAAUUGGACGAAUUGCUGCUAGUGCUGGAUUUGAACGCAACGAGCUACUGCAUACUAGUGCUGGAUUUGAUUAGUCUGAAGAUGAAGAAGAAGGGUGUCAGCAUUGUUGCAUUGUGGGAAAGAGUUUCCAAGGCAAAUAAAAGAACUUCGACAUCUACACCAAAUCCUCCUGAUGUUGAAGUUGAGAGCAGUAUCAUUCCUCCUACUAUUGAGAGCAAUCUGCAACUGGCGCUUGUGCAAGCACAUGAACCUGAUGAUGGCCACACAGAACCUGAGAGUGCAGUUGGCUCCCCAACCCCAAUUGUAGAAGAUGAUGAAGAAAAUGAUGAAGUUCAGUUUGAAGUAUAUUUGGAAGCACUUGAGUCUGAUCCUGGGAAACAGAUCCCCAUCUCUAGGUACAAUGUCAAUGACCAGGAUAAAGUUAGAAGGAGAUACAUCGAGUUGGGGGCAUGUCAACCAAAGAAUCAUAAUUUUCAGUAUAGAGAUAUAAGUGGAUUACAUCGUCGCUUUUCUCCUUCUUGGUUUAAGGAUUACAAGUGGCUUGAGUAUAGUGUGGACAAAGAAGCCGCUUUCUGCUUCGUUUGCUAUUUCUUCAAGGAUAAAACAAGAUGUCCCGGUGGAGAUGCUUUUGUGAAGAAGGGAUUUAAUAACUGGAACAUGAAGUCGAGAUUGAAGAAACAUGAAGGUGAGGUUUUUAGUGCUCAUGCUGAAGCUCAAGAGAAGUAUGAUAGGUUCACUACACCACAAACAUCAAUUCGGGAGUCUAUUUCUUCAAACACCUCACAAUACAAGGCUUUGUAUAAACAACGUUUGACAUGGACACUCAAGUGUGUGAGAUUUCUGUUGCACCAAGGCUUGGCAUUUAGAGGACAUGAUGAAAGUGAAGACUCACUAAAUAAAGGAAAUUUCCUUGAGCUUCUAAAUUGGCUAGCAGUAAAAAUUUGAAGAGAUUGACAGGGUUGUUCUCAAGAAUGCUCCACGGAACUGCAGGAUGACUCACCAUGAUAUACAUCAAGAGGUGAUAAAAUGUUGUGCACAAGAGACUACUAAACUAGUCAUUGAAUAACUUGAUGGUGGUCAUUUUGCGAUACUUGCAGAUGAGUCUAGUGAUGUGUAUCAGAAUGAACAGUUGGUUGUUUGCUUGCGUUAUGUUGAUAAGAAAGGAAGGGCGGUUGUAAGAUUUCUUGGUCUUGCUCAUGUUGAAGAUACUACCUCUUUGACACUAAAAGCUGCAAUUCAGAAAAUGCUUAUGGACUACAAUUUGAGCUUUGCAAUGGUUCAUGGGCAAGGAUAUGAUGGAGCUAGUAACAUGAGAGGUAAUGCUAAUGGCCUGAAAAAACUGAUUAUGGACGAGUCCCCUUCUGCCUACUAAGUUCAUUGUUUUACCCAUCAACUACAGUUAACUCUUGUUGCUGUUGCUAAGGAGAGUGGUGAUUGUACUUGGUUCUUUCAGCAGCUUGCACACUUGUUAAAUGCUGUUGGCAUGUCUUGUAAAAAGAUGAGAAUGCUUCGGAUAGCUCAUGCUGAAGAACUCAUUGAUGCAUUGGAAUAGGAAGAAGUAGAAACAGGAGUGGGCUGAAUCAGGAAAUGGGUUUGGGAAGGCCAUGUGAUACACGUUGGGGCUCUCACUUCAAAACUGUGAACCGUGUCAUCUCUGUAUGUGUAACACCCCGGAUGUAACUUUCCAUAUUUGUAACUCCAACUCUUGCCAUUUUUGGCUAUGUGCUAUGAUAUUCCCUCCGUGGUUGGGUUU